UAAAGUUGAAUAUUUAGCGUCGACUUGAAUGUUAGUUGAAAUAUGAGUAUAAUAUUACACACACGACAUACGAAACAAUCACAAACACACUAAAUACUUAAAAGAAAAAAAUAAUAAUAAUUCACAAAACCAAUUAACACACUACAAUGGACUCAGAAACUAACAUCUCUGCAUUAACAGUUGCAGCUUCCAUUUCCCAUGAAGAGAAUACUGCGCUUAAAUUUCAGGACAAUUCUGAUGUAGUUGUCGAAGAAGCUCCUGUUGCGUAUAAUAAUGUCGAGCUGACAGAGGUGGUUGCAGAAGAUUGUGCUGAGGGGAAUACAACUGAGGCUACGACAGAACAGGAUUCUCAGAGCAUAGACAUAAAAGCUGCUGAGGUGAAGCGCGCCAAACGAAAGGAACGUGUGAGAAAAGCGAGUAGUAUUCGAUUCACAGUUGAAGACACUGACCAUGAACUUGAUGAUGUGAAAAAACAAGUGCAUGAGGGAUCACCUUCAGAUAAUGUGAUAAUUGAUUUGCUCGACACUGCAAGCAGUACUGCCAUUUCCACUCCUACACGAUUAAUUCGGGAUGUGACUAGUUCGAGCGAGCUUCAGGAUGCUGUUGUAUCCCAAAUUUCAAUAGAAGAUGAUGAAGCUGAAAAUCUUUUACAUUAUGAUUCUGAUGAUGAUAAUGAUUACGACAUUGUACAAGAGUCAGUAAUGGGAAUCUGUUCAGUUAAAGCAAAAACUGAUUUUUUACAAAAUUUUGAGGUACCCUCAUUGUCUGAUAUUUCUGAGAACGAUAGUAUUGAAACUUUCGUGCAUCUUAAAUCUCAACUUUCUCCUAUAAUCCCCGUUUCUGUGGACCCAGGUAAAUUUGUUAAUCCACUUACUGGGCUCAGUAUAUCAUCAUCGAGCACUGAGAGUACAGAAUGUUCAAGACAGCAAAUUGUCGAUGGGAGCAGUUCGAGUUUGAGUGAAGAAAUAAUUGAUUUUGAUGAGCCAUUAGAUCUGAAGGGUGAUUUGAAUCUUGAAGAUGAAGAUAUCUUUCUUAAUUUUGAAACAAAUUUCGAUUUAACGAAUGUCAUCAGCGAAACAUGGGAUAUACAUCCAACAGUUAAAAUUAAAGAGGGUGGUAACCAAAUCGCAUUCGAGUUUUUACAUGAUCUUAUCAAAAUGGUGGUCACCAAUGCUGAGAAUAUGAAAUCAGAAGAUAUUCUCAACAAAAAGUUGGAUAAAUGGAAGCUCUAUGAAAAACUAUCGGCAGAAGUUUCAAACUAUAAUUACGAAAAAAGUACGAAUGAUUAUCUUAACGCUAAAGUUCUCGAAUAUCACAGACGCCAGAAAAAUGAUCGGGUUUACACAAAGCUGUCACCCGAAUUACAUGAAAGGGAACGCGAAAGAUAUAUCGAAUGCCUUAACCGAUUAGAUUUUAAUUUAAAUAUGUUAGCGGAGGCAAAAAAAAAGAAUGCUUACCUAAUAUCUAGUGUUGAAAUGGAUCUCACAUACGUACGAAACAUUUCCUUUCAAUCCGAAGAAUAUCUCUCAAACAAAAUUCUUAGUACCUUGGGACAUAAAUCCGACUAUAUGAGACGGAUAACUGAACGCGAGCUAAGACUUAUGAGCCAAAAAAGAAAUGAGAUUAGUGAUACACGCCUCAGACUUAUCACAAGAAAGCACACUUUGGGUCGAAUCGCAGAUCAAAUUCGCAAGCUGCAAACAAUCGAUGAGAGUAUUUCCAUGGAUGACUUCAUUGCCUUGCAGAAUCAAAUAGGAGCAUUGGAAAAAAAAAUUGAAGAACGUAAUGUGGAAUUAAAGAGGAUUCGGUAUCAGUACCACUCUGAUUUGCAUAUGAACCAACAUUGCCGGGAGAAAACUCAAUCGAUUAUCAGUCAGAUCAAAUACAGGCAACAUUUUUUGCAGAAGACACUAAAAACUCAACAAUUACUACGCGAAAGUCUUUACAACGCCAAGUUGGAGCGCAAACGUAUACGAAAUAAGGGAUCCGAGCUCGCUUACCAUGGCGGACUAUUAGCUAUGCCAUCCCUAAUGUACGACUACGACGAAACCGUGGAAAAAGUGAAAGCAAAGCGAGAAAUUGUGGACGAUAUGAAAAUGACCGUAGCACGUCUAAGCCAGCGUAUCUCUGAUUUGGAGUCACGUUGUGGCGUUGGUAAAUCUCUCUAACUAAUUUCGUGUAAAGUGAUCCAGCUUAUGAAUCCAGUUAGAUUUAAUUUACUAUAAGCUAUGUACUGUGGGAUAAUGUAAUACAGUAACUCUUUUAUGUCCCUUAGGUACGACGUCAACUUAAGUUCACACGACAUAAUAAAAAUGUUUUAUAAAAUAUA